AUGGCAGCUAACGCAGAAGCCCAUAGCUCCAUUUAUAUCGACAGUUCAUCAGAUGAUGAGUGCCUAUCUGUUGUAAAACGUAAGGCUGAAACUGAAGAUGUUGAUAAAAAACUUAAACCUGAGGACAGCGACGAAGAGUCCAUAAUGGCCGGAGUACUGGUCACAGUGGAAGUAGAAGAAAUGGAUGACGACUGUCCACUGGAGUUUACCAAAAAUGCGAAACUGAAGAAAAGGCAAAAGAAAAAGCAGCAGCAAUUGAAGACAAAGAAAGGCAGGACCUUUGCUUGCAAUGAUUGUGAUGCAGAAUUUGACACUGCUGGUGCUUUGAAGACACAUUCGUUGGAACACCAAGUCAAAACUAGACAUAAAUGCGAAGUAUGUAGUCGGUACUUCAAGAAAUCCUUUAGCUUAAGAAUGCACGCGCGCGUUCACAUGGAGAAGGUGGAGCCUCAGUGUACCUUGUGCGGACUCAAUUUCAGCCAUAAGACUUAUUUGAGUCGACACAUGGCCAGAGCCCACGAGAGGACACAGGAGUGCCCAAUAUGCAAUGCAAAGUUCCACACAAUAAACCAACUAAAGUACCACACAAAACAAACACAUUCAAAACGAAAACGUGAAGGUUCUACUCCAACACAAAAAUCAACGAGUCCUGCCAAAGCAAUAAAUCAGAGUUCAGAAACUGAACAUCCAGACAACACACAGUCGGACAAAGACGAAGAGACAUAUAGAUUGCAACCGUUUGAUUUGUUCGAUGACGACAAUAGCUCUCUUAAACGAGAAGACCUGACACACCCAACACAGUGUGCCAUCGUCAGCAAGAUGCACAAGGGACGGUCCGUCACAGACAUCUGUAGGUUAUACAAUUUAACUCCGGAGAUUGUCAAUGAAAUCUGGGAAGAUAGAGAGAAGUAUGCCCUGCCUAAGAAGGCUGCUAAACGCACCACCAGGUAUAUGAACAGCAUAUUAGACACCAGAAUAGUGGACUGGUUUCAUGCACAACGGGCCAACCAUGUGCAGGUGUCUGGGAAAAUGCUUCAAGAUAUAGCUGAAGCGUUCGCUAAGGAAUGUGGGUUUGUUGCUUUCAACGGGAGCAAGAAGUGGUUGGAUAGGUUCAAGAAAAGGUAUAAUAUAUCUUUACGAGGUACUCCGUGCAAGAGGGAGUAUACCAAUCAUCAAAUGGAAUCAAAAUGGAAGAACCAUUUCUUUAAAGAACAGUGGAGCGAUGCCAGGUUAGGUAUUCCUGAUGAGGAUAUUUAUACAGCGGAUGAGUUCGGCUUCUAUUACAACCCUUCUAAAGGUCGUAUCAAGAAAUUAGCGGGUAAAAAAUAUAUUCAAGGGUAUGUCCAAGACAGGUUGGCCGUUUUCCUCUGUGCUAAUAUGCCCGGCACGGAUAAAAGGAAGUUACUUGUUUGUGGUACCGAAGACCCGUUGAUACAUUCCUAUAGAGACCCUGAUACUUUGCCUGUUACCUAUAUCAGACAUUCACAGGCUCACUUCACGACACAAAUGUUUGAAGAGUAUGUCAAAUAUUGGAACCGGGAACUCAAAGCGAAGAAUAGAAAAGCCAUCUUAGUUUUGGACAGGGCCACGAUACAUUCUAAGUUACAAUUGUCUCAUUUGAAACUAGUUUUCGUCCCAUGGAAGGCGACAAACGGUCUGAUACCGAUGAAGAACGGUGUCUCGGCCAAAUUUCGUGAAGAAUUUCGCCGUUUGAUAAUAGAAGAUAAAGCUAUGAACGUAUUGAGGGGCGUAGAUAGAAAUUUGACUUGUUUAGAAGCUUUAUAUAUGUUAGAAAAAGCCUGGGAAAGAACUCCUCCUGAAUCCAUAACUAAAAGUUUCGUUGACACAGGAUAUGACGUCACGAUCCCGGAAGACGUUGUUCAAGUUGAAAAGCCUAAAGUUUAUGAAAAUGAUGAAGAAGUUUUGUGCAAUAUGAUGAAAGACUACGAUGUUGAGUCUUAUUAUACAAACGUUUCAAGUUUAGAUCAGUAUUUGACGGUAGACGAAGAAUUAGUCACCGGCCAGGGCACUAACGGUUCUGUCUUCGGAGGUAACCACAAGGUGGUGGAACCUUUACCUCCUGCUGAAAAAGAUAAAGCAGAUCUACUCCCCCUGGCCACUGAGAAGCCGGAGUCUGAUGAAAGGGAGGUGUUAGUCAAGAAGUCACGAGCGUUGCAAGAUUUGGAUAUCGUUAAGAAGUAUUUACAUUCAAAUUCAACGUCUUAUGAAACAUAUUGUUGUUUUAUGGAAAUUGAGAAGUUUGUUAUGCAAACAGUUAUUGGGUAG